AUGUCAAAGAAUCAAUCCGAUGGCGAGGGCGGCCAGUAUCAGGGCUCACAGGCCUUCACCCACAUCGUUCCCGGCCGCGAAGAGUCCAUCAACCCCAACACCGGCACCCUCAACUUCAGCAAGCCGCUUCUGCAGCUUCGCGGCCACGUCAGCAGCGCCGACUUCAGUCUCGUUCUCUCCUACCAGCCCGGGUCAGCCGGGGCAUUUGGCCUGCCGCGGAACUGGAGCCUCAACCUGCCCUAUGUCGUUCCUGAAUCCAGCGUCACCUUCUCGGGGCGAACGUACGCCAUUGAUUAUACUUGGAGUGACUUGGACGGCCACCAGUCUGGGCUAAAGUACAUGAACAACCACGGCAUUGUCUUUGAGCCCGCCGUUCCUCCUCAGCCAUUGCCUACCGGCCAGCCUGGCGAAUACGCUUACAAGUUGAAGCUUCAAGAUGGCUCGAGAGAUUACUUUGAUGCUCUUGGAAGGCCGGUGGCUCAUCAAGACGUCUUUGGAAACAGCUUGCAUUACGUCUAUCUCGACGGCGCAACCGGAGGAGCCGUGACCUCUGAUCCAUGUCUAGACUACAUUCUCGACUCUUGGGGCCAAAAGGUGACAUUUGAGUACCAGCCGGGCACUGAAAUGUUCAUCAAGGGGCCCGCAACGCAGCUGACGAGGGUGCGCUUUGAUGAAGCCGGAGUCGACCUUUUCACAGACUCGAUGGGAUUCGAGACUCGCUUCACGUAUACCAGCGUGAACGACGUCCCUUCUGUGCUGCAAGAGAUCAGAUACCCAACCGGGCUGAUCUCCAAGUUUGCCUAUUCUGCAUUGGACUACCUUGACGGGGACAACAAUGUGAAAUCUUUACCUGCGGUGUCUGAUCAUUACCAUGUGAAUGCGCAAGGGGAGACACUCAAGCAUACAAACUAUCAGUACGGGCCGUCCGACGGCCUCACGUUUACCGGAAUCUCGAUUGGGUGUCAAUUGUCCGGUCUGAAGGACGAUUUGAUGGAUCAAGGUGAUUCCAAUUACCGAUAUGAUGUGCUCGUCACGCAGCUCGACGGGGGCGGGAAGACACUCGCGGCAACGAUGAAUCAGUUCAACUAUUUGCAUCUUCCGGUAACAGAGUUCAAGUAUCUGGUCAAUGGCCAGGGCGGCCUCGUCUCAGUCUACAUGACCAAGUACACAUACGAGGUCGAUCCGGACAAACACGCACGUACGACCAACUAUGCCCAACCAACGGAAAUCGAGUGCUUCCGCAAUGUUGGCGACGGCACCUUUGACAACUGGAAAUACAUGAAGAAGUCCGCCAUGAGCUACAACGCCUUCGGUGAGCUCCUCUCGCUGAAAGAGGACAUCUAUAACAGGGAUGAUGCACGUUAUGUAGCAACGAGGAGCGUUGCGAGGGACUACUACACGACCCGAAAGCUUCGUCUCCAGAGAAUCAAAACCGAGGUCGAGACUGAUUUGAUCACUGGAAUGGCCUGGAAGACGAGCAACACCCUUUCCGACGACGAAACGACUGUAAAGUCGUCCACUGUGUCCUUCAAGGCGUCGUCUGGGGCUGCAAUGCAGCCGUGGAAGACGACCACCAAGCAAUACGACUCCCGGGGGAGAGUCACAAAGGAGACGCUUGCAUGGGCUGAAGGCGCAGUGGUUCCAGACGGCAGUGCCAGCUCAUAUGAGACCUCGGCUCAGUACAGUUUCAGCAACGGGAUACUCACUCUCAAGACGAGUGAUUCGCUAGGGGUCGUGACUUCAGAACACGACAUGAGACUCGACGGAGGCCCCAUGGUCAGGAAGACGCUUCCUCGAGGACAGUCUGCGAGUUACCAGUAUGAUACGCUGGGGCGACUUGUGAAGCAGACUGAUGCUCUCGGAGGCGCGACCACCAAGUCGUACACCGUCACCACUUCGUUCAUCACGGAGACCUCUUGCGAUUGGAAAGGGUACAUUACGCAGACUACGUACGAUUCCCUCGGUCGUCCCGUCAAAAUUGCAGACAACGGCGAUCCAACUAAGCAGCCGUCCGACAAUCCCUCUCGGGUCUUGAAGAGAGACUCGUAUGACGCCCUGGGAAAUGUCGCCUGCACCAAGGACGUGAUCGGCCUUGCUACAAACUAUACGUUUGAUGCUCUUGGCCGUGUUGUUCAGCAGGCCGAUGCAACAGGAAAUGUCCAAGCCACGACCUACGACGACAGGGCACUGACAAUCACGCAGACCCUAAACGGAGACGUUCGCAAGAAGGUGGUUCUGGACAACUACGACAGAGUCGUUUCACAAACUGUAUUUGCCGACUCGGGCAGCAAUACGUCGUAUUGUCUCGUCCAAGAGACUGUAUACAACGGCAAGGGGCAGACGGUCAAAGAGACGGUUCUGCAACGGCCAGCUGGAGGAGGACAUUCUGGCGAAACAAAGACUCUCAAGUCCAUAGCCUACACCUACGAUGCAGACGGACGCAAGGCAUCAGAGACGGUCACUGGCGCAGGCGAUGCAGGGGACGACGUCGUAACUCGCAGGUUUGUCUACGACCUACGCGGAAACCAGCACACCUGGUUCAAGGACGUGAAAUAUGCAGAUGGAAGGGCAUUUUCUCAGCAGGGGCCCACGACUAUAUACAACAUGCAUGGCAACAUUACUCUUCUUCGGAACCAGCUGGGCCAGGAAGAGAAGAACGAAUACGACGAGAAUGGCUGGCUUACCAAGACGACGCGGUUCGAUGGCAGCACUUUGACCUUUGAGCAUGAUGCUUGUGGGCAGACUGUUCGGACUACUUCUGCUUCUGGGACGACGGAGAUCAAGUACAAGGCGAAAGGCCAGGUAGAAUCGUCCCAAUUCAGGGAUGCGGUUGUCCGCUAUGACUACUACAUCGACGGGUCUCCGCGCUCUGUGGACUAUGGCUGCGGUUACGUCCAGAUAUAUGAGCGAGACUGGACCAGUCGUACAUCAGUAGAGAUUGAUGUUUUUGGGACCAGAACGGACAUUGCGUACGACAGCCUCGGCCGCAAAGCGAGCGUGGCUUCUCAAGGAGACGUUGUCACGUAUUCAUACGGCACGUCGAACCACUGCCUUGGGGUCCUGGUCGGUUAUACCCUGUCGGGCGGGAUGCAGUACACGACACAGAUCUCGUACGACGGGUUCCAGCAGAAAUCCCAAGUCAAGACAGUCGCCACCGACUCCACGGUUCUUCUGCAGACGACAUACGAGAUGAGCAGUCGCGGAACCAUGUCGAGCAUCAAAUCUGCGUCAGCACGUCGGCCCGAGCUCAACAAGAGCCGCAGCUGGACGUAUGAUGGCCUCGGCCAGAUGACGGAGGAGCGCAGCAGCAGCGGUGGUGGCCAGACUGACGACGACGUGUUGCUGCAAAGGUUUGAAUACGACGGAAACCACAACAUCGUGGCCGUCAGCGUAAACGGCCAGACGAGCAGCAGCAUGACCUACAACGCCAUCGACCAGCGAACCGACUCCGGGUUCGAGUACGACGCCAACGGCCGCAUGGUCCGCGACGACGCCGGCCGGAAAUACAUCUUUGACGACGUCGACCACCUCCUCGCUGUCGAAACGGCCGGCGGGAGCAACAGCACGAAAUUCGCCUACCACGGCGACGACUCCCUCGCCGGCAUCGCCCGCCCACAAGGCAAGACGGGCCUCUUCUACCACGCGGGAACCCAGGAGAUCAACGCCGUCAGCCACGAGGAGGAGGCCGGGCAAGCACAAGACAAGAGCUCCAUCCUACGCAGCAACGGAAGCAUUCUGGCAGCGUAUCCGGCCUCUUCCGGCCAGGCAGCAGCAGUGCCGACGACAUAUCUCUUCGAGCAGCACGGCUCCACGGCGAUGCAGCUCGCCGGCGAGGAAUCAACAGCCAUCUCGUACGAGCCUUACGGCGCGCACUCGUCGACGUGUCCGCUGAAGCCGCAGACGAGCUUCGCCUUUGGCCAGGAACUCGUCGACGCCCUCACCGGCGUCGUCUAUCUCCGCUCGCGCUUCUACCAGCCGGACCUCCGCUGCUUUCUGUCCAUGGACUCGCAGCUCGUCGAGAACCGCUACGCGUACUGCCAAGGCGACCCCGUCAACCUGUUCGAUCCGACGGGCCACUUCUCGCUGCGAAAGGUGCUCACCGCCGUCGUCGGGACCGUUGCCGCCGCGGGCGUCGCCUUCGUCACCCUCGGCAGCGCCGCCCUGCCCGCUGCGCUGGCCGCGGGAGCCGCUGCGGCCGGGGCGUCAGCUGCGACGGCCACCGUGGUCUCGACGGUGGCCACGGGCAUGGUGGCCGCGGCGGCGGGCAACGUCAUGGGGAACCUCGUCACGGCGACGCUCGACUGGGCUGCCGGCGACGAAUGGGCCUACUCCUGGAGCGGGCUGGGCCGGGACGUCCUGGCCGGCGCUCUGGGGUCGGCCGUGACGGCUGGCUUGGGCGUGGUGGGAGGCAGAGUCGAGACGGCCCUGAUGGACGCCGGCUACAGGACGGGCUGGGUGGCCGGCGCAACCGUCACGACGGGCAUCGUGGCGGAUUUCGGCGUCCAGCGGACCAUUGCCGCGGCCUACGGGCAGCCCUUUUUCGAAGCCCAGACGCUCACCGACGCUGUGAUGUCAGUUCUUAUUGGAGCGGCCAUCAGUCACGCGGGACGGCGUCUGAGCAGGAACCGCCGCGUUGGGGCGAUGAUGGAGGCCGAGGGUUCUUCUACGCGUGCUAAUUCGGUAGAGCUGCGGAGUCUGUCGACGAGCGAGUUUGUUGAGUCGGGGAUCGAUGUCAAGGCCGCCUGGGGCGACGUGACGAGAUAUUGCAAGGAUGGGACCAAGAACCCGUUUAAAAGGGGGCCUGGGCCUGAUCCCAAUGGGGGUGGGAAGGAAUUGGGGAUUCCUCUGUUGACGUAUGAUCGCAGGAACAAUGUGUACAGGGUGUGA